GGGUUUUGAGUUUGAGUUUGAGUUUUGAGUUUGGAGAGAGAGAGUAGCACCCACAUAUUAAAUUGAAAUUUCAAAGAGAGAGACGGAGAGAGAGACGGAGGGAGAUGGAAAGAAAAGAAAAGGGUGCAGCAGAAAGUGAAAGAAAAAAGCGAGGAUGGAUGGUGAAAAAGUUGAAACGCAGAGGAGUAUCAGUAAGAGGAGGGGUUUGUAGUACGCCACCGCCCAUUUGGAGACUCGAAUUAUAUACUGAGCCUCACACCAACAAACCCAACAACUCUGAGUUUCUCAACCUGAAAGCCAACACCACAUCAAUCUCUGCCAGAAAUCUCUGUGCUGGUCUCUGGGAAAUUGAGUCUUACCAGAACCCACUUGCCCAAAUGAGUAGAGCAGGAGCUAGACUUGCCCACAAGCACAGGAAGAACAAUGGGGCUGAGCUUAACACUCCUACUACUAGGGGCCCUCAUGAUCAGCCGGCAAGUGCAAGCAGUUUGAGGAAGCUUGUAUCCACAUCACUGAUACAGCACCAUCAAGCAGUUGAGAGCAAUGGUCAUGCUCGUCAGCCCCUAUCUCCUUCUAGUUGUGGUAGCUCAAUGGAGGUCACACCAUAUAAGGGAAGGAAGGGUGAGUCAAGUUGUGGUCUUAAAACAUCCACAGAAUUACUUAAAGUACUCAAUCGCAUCUGGAGUCUUGAAGAACAACAUGCAUCUAAUGUAUCAAUAGUAAAAGCACUGAAGAUGGAACUACAUCAUUCUCAGGCUAUAAUUAAACAGCUGGUGCAUGAAAAGCAAUGGGACAGGCAAGAAAUGGAUGACUUGAUGAAGCAUAUUUCAGAACAAAGUCAAAUCAAAGCAGCUGUCCAGUUGGUUAGGGAUGAGCUAGAAGGUGAAAGGAAGUUGAGAAAGCAUUCAGAGAGCCUACAUCGCAAGCUAGCUCGAGAGCUUUCUGAAGUGAAAUCUGCUUUCUCCAAUGCUUUGAGAGAGCUUGAAAGGGAGAACAAAGCGCGUAUCCUAUUGGAAAACUUGUGCGAUGAGUUUUCCAAGGGAAUAAGAGAGUAUGAGAAAGAGGUGCGGUCUCUGAAGCACAAUCAUGAGAAAGAUCAGGGUGGUUUGGCCAGCUCUGAAAGAUUAAUUCUCCAUAUUUCAGAAGCAUGGCUCGAUGAACGGAUGCAAAUGAAGAUAGCUGAAGGUCAGAAUGAUUUUGGAGAGAAGAAUACAAUUGUGGACAAGUUAGGUUUUGAUAUAGAGACCUUUCUUCAAGCUAAACGAUCUGCUGACUUGAAGAUAAAUAUUGAUUUGCCCCAAAAGCAGCUCAAGGAAAACUGCUCACGCCGACAAUCAUUAGAGUCCUUUCCAUUGAAUGAGGCUGUAAGUGCACCAGGAAAUGCGGCUGGAGAUUCUACUGAUAGUGGUUCACACUAUUUAGUCAGGAGUGUUAGUGGAAAACGAAUCGCACGAAGCUCUAGCCAAUGGAAAAAUAAUGAUGCAAAGGGACAAUAUGGAGGAAUAGAGAAAUCGAGUUCCAUGAAGAAAAAGGCAGAGGAGCCCAUGAAGAGAAAUAUGUCGUCUGGUUUGCAAGGACAGUUUAAACAACACAUGGCGAGAACCAUGUCCUGUGAUGGAAACAGAACCCUGCCUGCAGAUAGGGAAGAUGGCGAGCUGGGAGAAGAGAAUGCAGCUAUGGUUGACAAUCUUGAACAGUCUGUAUACUCUAAUGCAAUCAGAGAAGGUCUGCAGGAAACACAAAGCAAAAGGGUGGAGGCACAUGGAUUGGAUUUAUUAAAAUCCAAUAAUCCUGACAGUAACUGCAAGGUGAAAACUUGUAUCCAAUCUGUGUUUACAGGUAAUGCUAGUCCAGUUCAGAAAUGGAAGUCUAAUCUAACAGCCCCAGAUUUUGGAAAAUCUGAAUCUUCUUUGGAUUGGCCCCCAGACCUUGAUGAAAAUACCUUGAUGGCAAAAUUACUUGAGGCAAGGUUAGAAGCAAAGAACUCGCGCACCAGAAGUUCUAAAGGGCCUUUGUAGUUUGAUGAGACUUGUAGAUCUGCUCAUAGUAAACUUCUCAUCGAGAAUGGGUGAU